AUGACGAUCUCCUACGAAGAAGAAUUCUCAGCGUUGAUGCUAAGAUGGCGUGGCUCGUUAUGGAAGGCAGUUCUCAAAGAUCUGAUCGCCUUCUACAUCGCCUACUACAUCAUUCUCUUUGCACAGGCAAGUCUUAUUUUUAAAUUUUCCCGGCUCACUUUAUCUCGAACUUAUUAUAAUUUUUUCCUUACCCUACUCAAACUUUAGUGGUACCUUCUGGACGAAAAACAAAAAGAAUAUUUCACCGGUUGGAUUCAUUGGUGUGAAAUUGGCUCUCAGUACAUUCCAUUGUCGUUCUUGCUCGGUUUCUUCGUCGCAGUCAUUGUUGGGCGCUGGUGGGAGCAGUUCAACUACAUUAGUUGGCCGGAUAAAUUCAUCAUGACCUGCGCGGCUUGUUUGCCGGGAAGGGAGAACAUGGAGACCAGGAUGACUUUGGCAAGGUGGUCUAGCUUAGAGGUAAGGGGUUUUAUGAGAGUAAACCAAUGAAUCGAUAAGAACAGGGUCGAGGUUUAGCUUGCCAAGUCAUCAUUUUUGAAAUUUGGGGCUGAACUUCGCAUAGACGCUUUUUAAGAUUAAAAUCCGACAGUAAACCUGGACAGAACAGAUUUUUUGUCCAUAAAUUUCGAUGAACAAGCAACAAAUUUCCAUACUUUUUGGUAUAGUCACCGUAUAUGUCCUAACCAAACUAUUUUUAGUCAGCAAUUGCCUGGAAAGCCCUAUCCGUCAGAACUUUGAAGCGUUUCCCGACUGAACGUCAUUUGGUUGAGAGCCGUCUGAUGACAGAGGAAGAAUACGAUCUCUACACCAACUUUGACGCUCCACACGGAAAAUGGUAAGUUGUUGUUUUUGCUACUACUUACUCUCGCAUAAAUAGGUUCCAGCCGAUCAUGUGGAUGCUAAACCUUCUCAAAAAACAGUAUGCAGAAAAGAAGAUUGACUCGAUCCAAUUCCAAAUGCUGAUCGAUCAGCUCUACAAAUUCCGCGACGGCUUUGCCAUGCUCUACGUCUAUGAUUGGGUCAAGAUCCCGUUAGUUUAUACACAAGUGGUUGCCAUUGCCACAUACGGGUACUUCUUUAUCUGUCUGCUGGGCCGUCAACCAAAGUUGGAUAUAAAAUCGAUGCAGACGGAGAUUACAAUCCUUUUCCCUAUUUUCACAACUUUCCAAAUGUUGUUCUACCUGGGGUGGUUGAAGGUCGGACAGUACUUGAUGAAUCCGUUCGGAGAGGAUGACGAUGACUUUGGUGAGUAGUUUGAUGUUUUUAGUAGAGGCAUUUGGAUCCUAGCUUUGACAAAGUCGCCGGAAGUUUCAAGAAACUUCAAAAGCCCCCCAUCUAUUAUUAGAAUAAUUUUUCAGAGCUCAACUACAUCCUUGACCGUAAUACCCUGAUCGCAAAGCAAAUGGCCGUCGAUCUGGCUGAUCAACUUCCAACUGCCACACCCAACCAUCUCAACCCCCAGCUUCCUCAUACUCGAGCCUCCUUCAAAAUCCAAGACAUAAUCCCAAAAGGUCAUCUUGAUGACUUCACCAUUCCUCACAAGGAAAUGCAAUUGAUCGAGAUUGAGGAGUUGAGCCGCAAAUCUCAAAGAGAGAAGAACAGAGGGGUCAAUAAUCGACUGGACAACAACGUCACGUAAGCAGCUAAUUAUAUAUUAUAGCAACAGCUAAUUGUUUCAAAUUUUAGCGACGAUCGCCUUCCAUUGUCGGGAUAUAAACACCCAGGCGACGUAGACGUAUGA